UAAUAAUAACAACAAUCAGCGUCUCGCAUGCCUGGACAGAUGUUUCUCGGUUUGUUUUUAAAACUGUGCACCAGACAGUUUGCACAUGAUAUAAUCUAUGAAAAAAAGGAAGUCAAAAACAUCAGCAGUCAAAAACACUCCCUUUAUCUUGUGAUGCACAUGACCCUGUGGAAAUAUUUCCUGUCGCACUAGCCUAAAUGUUUCAUUAAGUGUACUGCCAUGUGCUAAUGAGAUGCCCACCAAAUGGUGGGACUGUGGAUGGAAAUGAGGCCAGCAUGAUGGACUGCAGCUGAAUAAGUGGGUUGCAGACCUCAGUCACAUGACAGAAUUCUGCAGAGCCUCAAGCGCCAACAAGCCCAUCAUACGGAAUGUAUUCAAAUAUUACCAAUUCACCUCUGGACAAUGCAACCAUUAACAUGCUCCAGAACCAAGCUAUCAUGGUCGCCUUGCCAGUUGUGUACUCCCUGACAGCAAUCAUCAGCAUCCCUGGAAAUGUUUUCUCCCUCUGGAUACUCUUCUUCCACAUCAAGCCCAGAACCACCUCAGUCAUCUUCAUGAUUAAUCUUAGCAUCACCGAUCUUGCGCUGGCUUCCUUUCUCCCCUUCCAGAUUAUAUAUCACUAUGAUGGGAACAACUGGACUUUUGGCAGGCGGAUGUGCAGCAUCGUCACGGUGAUGUUUUACGCAAACAUGUAUUGCUCCAUAAUCACUAUGACCUGCAUCAGUUUGGAGCGCUACUUGGGAGUGGUCAAACCAAUGACAUCCCAGAAAUGGAGAAGAAAGAGGUACGCGAUUGCAUGCUGCUUUGGAAUGUGGUUUCUUGUUCUGUUAGCCCUAUGGCCAUUAGAAGCGGGAGACCUGACUUUCGAAGUGAAAGAACUGAACAUCACCACAUGUUUCGAUGUGCUUAAGUGGAAAAUGCUUCCUAGUAUCGGGGCAUGGGCAGCUUUCCUUUUGCUGCCCUUCUUCUUCUUCUUCUUGCUCCCGUUCAUAGUGACCAUAAUCUGUUACUUUAGCAUUAUUCGGAAGCUGAUCCAGGCCUCUCAGAAAUAUGGCAAUGGGCAAAAGACACGGUCUAUCUACUUGGCCACCAUAGUCGUCUUGGUGUUCAUCAUUUGUUUUGCUCCCAACAACUUUGUCCUGCUGGUGCACAUCAUCUGCCGCCUCCGUAAACAGGAAGGCUACUACCACAUUUACAAACUCACCUUGUGCCUCAGCUGCCUCAACAACUGCAUCGACCCGUUCAUUUACUACUUUGCAUCCAAGGAGUUCUAUCAGACGUUCAUGCAGGUGAUCGGCAAGAAGGUAUCUCUGAUGGAAAGCUGGGAAAGUAGAAGGGAAAGCAUGCUCACUGCCAGGACGACGUCGGCAAGAUCGAUGUCAAGCGGACACGCGGAAGGGAUGGCAGUGCAUACACCCUUUCUGCAAAGAAGUGAAAGUGUGUUUUGACACCGGGGUUCCAAUGGGAAGCGGGUGCCAUCUUUGCUCCGUAAAAUGAAACCAUAGCACUGGUGUCAUUGACUGAAACCACUGCUGGUGUCAUUGGAAGGUAUAGAUAUCAAGGAACACCUUGACUUGCGCACCAAAAGCAGAACUACAUGUUACUGGAGAGACAUGGCGCUGCUCCCCUCAAAUGGCAUUGUUGUUGUUUAGUCAUUUAGUCGUGUCCAACUCUUCGUGACCCCAUGGACCAUAGCAUGCCAGGCACUCCUGUCUUGCACUGCCUCCCACAGUUUGGUCAAACUCAUGUUCGUAGCUUCGAGAACACUGUCCAACCAUCUCGUCCUCUGUUGUCCACUUCUCCUAGUGCCCUCAAUCUUUCCCAACAUCAGGGUCUUUUCCAGGGAGUCUUCUCUUCUCAUGAGGUGGCCAAAGUAUUGGAGCCUCAGCUUCAGGAUCUGUCCUUCCAGUGAGCGCUCAAAUGGCAUUACUUUUAUUAUUUAUUAAAUAUCCAUCCAAAUAUUAUGUUCUCCUCAAACCUCCCUUUAAGGGCAGUAAGCUAAUCAUGUGAAGAAAUGUCAUCAUGCCAUGCAUUUCAGCGCAUGUCUCAACAUCACCCAGGAAUAUGGGGCCAGGGUGGAAAAACUAUGAUAUGAUGGCAUUACAUCAAGGGAUAAGUAAUAUAAAUUAUGGGGGACUGGGGUAGAGUUUGAGACAGGGUUACAGCCUUUCAUGGCACCCCAAAUGUGCUGUAAUGUGGAGUUCUGCCCUAAGGAACCAAUUCUAAAAAGGCAUUCACUUACUUGCUGAAAAUAAAUGUUUAACAUUCACCACUUUCCCAUCUCUUUUCGGCUCAUGGCAGUCAAACCAUUUGCAACUCAAUCCUCUCUGUUUUGACAUACUGUGUCUAUAGUAUCUAGGGAAUCUACUUUAUGGAGAUCUUAAUGUUAAGCUUGAAAGUGCUGCCAAAGGUCAGCAACACCUUCACCCACUUACUUAACUAUGAAACAUUCAAUGGGCUGCACUUUUGUAUGUGUGCAAAUACAGGUUCCAUUGUCUCUUGAAUUAUUCUUUUUUUUUUGAAAUCAUUUCCGGCCUUGCUUCUAAGUUUGAGUAAUUGUUUUUAAUUUCCACUUAAUGCAGUUUAUACAAUUUGAUCAACAGAACUUUCAAGCUUAAUAUGGAGAUACCAAUAAAGUUUAUUUCCUUGUUUCAUAGGCAAGUCAGUGAGUGCAAGUGCUACUGACCUUUGGUGGCACCGUAAACAAAAAUAUUAAGACACACCAGGCAGUCUUACAUGAGAUUUAAACUGAGGUAUGAGGUUAUCAUAUUAAGUGUUCCAUUGAUGGAAUAAGUAAAGGUGUGGCUCAUUCAACAGCUGCAAUCUUUUCAGAAAUCUUCUGGAUCAUUAGUGCAACAAACAGAGCUAGAAACCAGAAGUGUGAGGACCCUCCAAUGUAUAAUUCAUGGUUGUAUAAAAUGGGAAUCUGAGCUGAGUUUAAUCCUAUAGCUAAUUUUAGAAGUUGCUGAAGCGAUUUAUAAGAUUCUAGUCCUAACUAAAGGGGAAUGUUUUGUAAGUUUUAAAGUUUGAGUGUACAAUGUUGGGAUUUUCUUAAUGGUAUGACGCCUGUGUUUUUCCUAUUAAAAGCAAUAUACUGUGGUAGAAAACGGUGAAUGAUUUCAAUUUCAAAAGCAGAAUUUAUUUACUUACAUGAAGUGCUUAGGGGGGGAAAUAGGCUGUAUUUCUUUACCCAAGCUUUGCUGGAAGUAACCUCCCAUGACCUCAAUGAGGCUUAUUUCUGAGUAGACAAAGACAUUGUAGGGUUGCACUUUAUUAUCCUGAGACAGUUAUCCAAAGAAAAAGUUUGCUUGCUUUUUAGUGCACGGGCGUGCGCGCGCGCACACACACACACGUGCAUGUGUGUGUGUGUAUGUGUGAUAAUUUCAAAAGUCCACUUUUCCGCUUGUCCAAUGCCUAGAAAGCAGGGGUCUGAGCUGUUUUCCACUUGACUAGCAAACAGUAACCUUUGGAAAUCCCGAUCGCUGUUUGCUCCAAUUGAGCACUAAAGAGUUUUCCCUGAGUGAUGGGAAGCAGCGGGAAAUGUUACUGCAGUGGACACCUAGUAGAAAAGGUAGCACAGGCAAGUCUGAAUGGUACUUCACAGACAUGUGGACAAGCAAUGCAAGGGGAAAGACUCAGUGACAAAACAUGUGUUUCUCACACAGAAGAUCCUGAGUUCAAUACCCAGCCCUUCCAAGUAGGACUAGGAACACCUCCAUCCAGGGCCGGAUUUAGGUUUGAUGAGGCCCUAAGCUACUGAAGGUAAUGGGGCCCUUUAUAUGUCCAGCCGUCCUUCGUCAACAACAAAUUGUCGCUGUUUUUUGUGUUGAAUAUACAGUCAUACCUCGGGUUAAGUACGCUUCAGGUUGAGUACUUUCAAUUUAAGUACUCUGCGGACCCGUCUGGAACAGAUUAAUCCACUUUCCAUUACUUUCAAUGGGAAAGUUCGCUUCAGGUUAAGUACGCCUCAAGUUAAGUAUAGACUUCCGGAACCAAUGAAGUACUUACCAAUUAAGUGCUAUAUGGCAAUUAAGUGCUAUAUGGUAACUUAUGGACCUAAUAGGCAUCGAAAGCCAUUUGCACAUAACAAAAUAUGUAUUUUUACAGUGAUAUUUUAGGAAGCAGACUAGUAGGUGGGGCCCAUUACUUACAUCAUAGGAGCCUACACAACACAAAACACUGUUGCUGCGUGUAGGUUUUACUUUAUUUGUUUUUUAUCUUAUAUUUUGGAAAUGUACAGCCAGUGUUUUUCCCCUUUAAUUUUUUUUUGCCCCCCCCCCAAGAGAGUGGGGCCCUAAGCUAUAGUUUGUUUAGCUUAUAUGUAAAUCCAGCACUGCCUCCAUAUGAACUCCUGGCAGUUGUUGCUGGUCAUCUCUGCAGACGGGGUUAGAUGGGUCUGAAUAGAGUUCCCCUUCUUUCUCACAAAACCCACCCAUGGCUACCUCCCCACCAUGCCCAGCUUUCUUAAUUUCAGGGUGUGUGUGUGUGUGUGUUUAUAUGUACUCUUCCAGAUUCUCACUAUUUUCAGGUGGGCUCCAUUCACAUACUGAGCUGAGCAAUUAUAGCAUACAUUCCAAGCGUCCUGAUUUUCCAAGGACAGUCCUGAAAUUACAAAAGCCCAACCAGCUUCUGAUUUGAUCCUGGAAUGUCCCCGUCUCCCCGGCCACUGCUGCUGCCGCCAAGCUCGAGGAGGAGGAGGAACAACUGGUGCUUGUCCUGAGCAGUGGCAGCAAAGGAGCAUCCCAUUGAUGCUUCUCCAUGGCCGUUGCUGCUGGCCUACCCACUUCGGCAGCUUGUAGCGGUUGCUGGAGAGCGGGUGAAGAGGAGAGGAUGCUGCCACCAGGGCCCAGCCCUACGUGACACACUGGUUCUGAGGGAAAGGCAGAGGGCAGGGCCACCCUGGGUGGGAAGAAAGGGGGAGCAGAGCAAACUCCAUGGAGUCUUGAUUACUAUAUUUUUAAGGAACACUUUGUGCAUCCAUGUGACUAAUCUUGCCCCUUUCUAAAACUUAAUUAUCUCUCUGUGUUUGGAAAUCGACCAAAGAAUAAAAUAAAAUAAAAUUGCAAUUAAGGGGCUUUCUCAGGAUGGCGCAGGGUAUGUGUGCUGAGUCCUGUGGGGUGAUGGUGGUUGCAAUUGCCUUUCUUCCAAUAGGAAAUGCUGGGGGGGGGGCACAAAAAUGGCAGGGUUGAGGUGGGUAGAUGGGUUACAGUAAGAAAUCUGAAGAAUGUUGAAGGGUAUCUUAUAGUUCAUUGAGAGGUCUUAUGCAACAAACCCACUUCCCCCCAAAGAAUGUUUUUUUUUGCAAUAAGGACUGUGAAGGGAAAUUGCAUUGAAAAGUGUGUGGCGUAACACUUGCUUUAACACAACAUCAUCUAACCUCCUUGUAAACAAAUCAGAAUAGUUUUGAAAGAGCCAAUGUGAUCUGAUCUCCCUGAAAACAAACCAGGACAAAUGCCCACAUUUUGUUGUUGCUAUCGUUAAGCAAUCGGGAAUAAAAAAAUGCUUGCUGAUCUACUGCCUUUGAGAAGCAGCAGAGAUACCUUAUGCCUAGUUGCUUGUUUGAACAAAUGAAUGGGAUGUCAGUGCAGCAAGUCCACAACAGACUGCUGCAUGGAACCACCUCAGUGGUGCUUAGGAAUGCAAGUUUUUUUGGCUUUUUUACAGUGGCCACAGGAUGAUGUCUUCAGCAAAAUGCCAUCCCGUUACCCCCCACCCCCAACCCAAUGUAAUUGAGAUUUACCACAAGUUUCCACAAGUGCUUCUAUUUAUUGAAAUAGAAAACCUGGAUUAAAGAGGGAAAUAAUAUGUGGCAGCAUUUUUAUGAGGAUGGCAGGUGAAUGCUGUGCACACUUUGCAAGCAUGAGCAGAACCAAGACCACAGUGAGCUGCCACAUGGGAGUGCAGACGAUUAAGGGAGGGAAAGAAAGAAAGAAUAGUCUUAAAAUCUCACUGUUGAAUUAUUAGACUGACCUCUUGUGGUCAAUUCAAUGAAG